AUGACUUCCUACAAAUAUCUUCCUCAAUCCAAAGAAUUAUACUCUUACAUGGGCCCACGAAAUAAGUACGCGGUGAAGAUAUCCGAUGUUCCUCAUCAAGUUCUGGUGAUCUACGACAGCGUGUAUUGUUCUGGAAGCCUCAUAUUCAGCAGGAUAGUUCUGACCGUAGCCAGCUGCUUCCGGAAAAGAAGCACGAAAGUAACCGUAAAAGUUGGCGCGAAUACUAUCACUAGUAUGGGGCAAGUUAUCCCAGUCCUUGAAAAAAAAUUUCAUGAAUAUUAUAACCAUGAAGUGCCUCUUAACAACGACAUUGCCUUAUUAUUUUUGGAGGUUAAAUUGCAAUAA